CCAGAAGUGUCCUCUUUCGUUUGGAAAAGGCAGACACACACCAGGGCAACGCAAUAUUGCUGCAUCAUCCAUCCAUUGGGCGAUCUGGUAAAGAAGGAACAACAGCAAUUAAUCGAGCAUUUUCACCAACGAAUUUCACUUACCUCGAACUUACCUACGACGGAUUCGAGCUCAUGACCAUUUGAAACUAACACUUUAAUCACUGGACCAUUGCGCCGUCGAGUUGCAAUGCGUUCAUUUGUCAACCGUCGAUUGAAUGAGUCGUGACGACACACUAUCUUCUCAGUUGAUCCACCUUGUGUUCUAAACAACGACAUUUUCAUCGUUAUUGUUGUUGUUGCCAUCGUCGUCAUCGUCGUCGUCGUUGUCGGUAGCAUCAGCUCAGAGAAGAAUUGUUUGCACACCAGUUAAAAUCAGAACGUAGCCAGCAUUUGUCUAAUGAUAAUGGCCGAUGCGUUUUGUUCAAAAUUGGUCACAUAGAGCGUAAUUUUCCGUUUACAUUAAGAUUUUUGCCCGUUGCUUUCUGCUGAUUCAUUUUCUAGUAGCAAUUAAUUCAUUGGUGAAUGUUAGAAAAAGCUUAAAUUUCACCGUGAAAUCAAACAUAAAACCGUACCUAAAAACUGAUAAUUUUAUAGUUUUCAAUGAUAUAAAAUCAUGUAAGCCUUAGAAAUGUAUUAUUUCAAUACUCAAUGAGACAGUAGAAUUGUUGUCAAUAAACGGUUCAAAGGAUAAAAUCAAAGACAAUUAAAUAAUAAUCGAUAUUAGCGGUUAAAAUGAUCGUACUACCGAUAAAAGUCGUUGAAAAGCAGUAAACGGUGAAUGUCUUACGAUAUUCAAAUGGUUAGAGUGAGUGCGCGUGUUUGUGAACUUGACUUUCGCCAAUUGAAUGCGAUGUUUUUGCACAAACACAGAUUUACGCUCUUGAGCGUGUGAGUGCACAUUUUAUCGUAUAUCACAGUUACAGUCACAGCAACAGCGUCAAGAACUGUACGGCGCAAACAUCGUCGAGCCUUAAGAAACGAGCCGUACACACUACUACAGCUAUGCAUCGAAAGAAUCAAAUGAAUGAAAUGUUUUGUAUUUUACUUCGUCUUACCCGCUUUCGUUGUGUCUACUAUCCCUCUGUUUCCAGUCAUUUGCACGGCCAAUCGUUUCGAUGAUGACAGAGUGAGAGACCGCGUGCACAUGUGCCUGUGCUAACGUGCGGAUUGCCACAAUUUUUUUGCUGCUGUUACUACUACUGCGGUUGUGGUUUUUUGUGUUUUUCCGCCUGGUUCUCUAUUUUUACGCGCCGCACUUUUAUUAUUCAUAUAUGGAUAGUAUCACGCGAAAACGGCAGGAAUACGUGAAUAUGUGUAAGGAAUAGGAGAAUUUUGUUGUGUUUAUCGCACGUAACAAGUGGUUCGAUUUGUGCUUAUUCGUUGUCGUACUGCCGCUUGGAUUAGGUUAGAACUGUUUCGGUGUGUUUGAAGCUGAGCCACAUUUCCACGCGCAACCGAUCCAUUCAGUCAAAUUUUGUGUGUGAUUUUCGACAGUCGCAAAAAAAAGUUCAGCAUCUUUUUAGGACACGGUUCGGAUACAUCCAAAACUACUGAAGAGGCAUUGAAAUUAAUUCGACGCUCACUUAAAUCAAACAGUAUGGAUCGCGUGGAAGGCAUCCACUUUGAUGCCUCAUAUCCUCAUGUUUUCAUUACAUUCGGCGCAUCGGGUGAUUUAGCAAAAAAGAAGAUCUACCCAACGCUUUGGUGGUUGUUCCGCGAUAAUUUGUUGCCAACUGGAACCAUUUUCUAUGGAUAUGCACGUUCCAAAUUGACAAUUCCAGAACUGCGUGCCAAAUGCGAUCCUUAUAUGCAAGUUCAGGUCGGAGAACAGGCCAGAUACGAAGAGUUUUGGCGAUUGAACCAUUAUUUUGCCGGUAGCUACGACUCUCGUCGUGACUUUGAACUGUUGAAUCAAGAAAUUGAGAAAUUCGAAAAUGUUCCACACGCAAACCGUCUUUUCUAUUUGGCUCUUCCACCGUCCGUCUUCGAAUCGGUUACCGAGUUGAUCAAGGCCACUUGUAUGGGACAAAAAGGUUGGAAUCGUGUGAUCGUCGAGAAGCCAUUCGGCAAAGAUGCCGAAUCGUCGAAGCGAUUGAGUGACCACUUGGGAAAAUUGUUCAGCGAAGAGCAACUCUACCGGAUUGAUCAUUAUUUGGGAAAAGAGAUGGUUCAAAAUUUGAUGACAAUUCGAUUUGGCAACAAGAUAUUCAGCCCAACAUGGAAUCGUGAGAAUAUUGCAUCGGUUUUGAUCACAUUCAAGGAGCCGUUUGGCACUGGCGGUCGUGGGGGCUAUUUUGAUGAAUUUGGAAUCAUUCGUGAUGUGAUGCAAAAUCAUUUGUUGCAAAUUCUAUCGUUGGUUGCAAUGGAAAAGCCAGCCUCUUGCCACCCAGACGAUAUUCGCAACGAAAAGGUGAAGGUACUGAAGAGCAUCGAAUCCAUUAAAUUGGGGGACACAGUUUUGGGACAGUAUGUUGGUGAUCCAAAUGGCGAAGGUGAAGCCAAAUUGGGAUACUUAGACGAUCCAACCGUUCCCGCUGGUUCAACCACACCAACCUAUGCAUUGGCUGCUUUGCGUAUUAACAACGAACGCUGGGAUGGCGUUCCAUUCAUUUUGCGAUGCGGCAAAGCACUUAAUGAACGCAAGGCAGAAGUUCGUAUUCAGUACCAUGAUGUGCCCGGCGACAUUUUCGAAGGAAAACCAAAACGUAAUGAGCUUGUCAUUCGAGUUCAACCGGGUGAAGCAUUGUACGUUAAAAUGAUGACCAAAUCGCCUGGAAUCACCUUUGAUAUGGAAGAAACCGAAUUGGAUCUUACCUACGGUUGCCGUUAUAAGGAGGUGAAAUUGCCCGACGCAUACGAACGUCUCAUCUUGGACGUAUUCUGCGGCUCGCAAAUGCACUUCGUUCGCUCAGAUGAACUCAGCGAAGCAUGGCGCAUUUUCACACCGCUGCUGCACGAGAUUGAAUCAAAUCACGUUCCACCAAUUCCAUACGUUUACGGUUCAAGAGGACCAAAGGAGGCAAACGCAAAAUGCAGCGAAAAUAACUUCAAAUACUACGGCUCAUACAAAUGGCAACCAAAGCAAUGACUACCACACAAACUUUAAGCAAAACUUACCUAUUAUUAUUCUAUACAUUCCUAACAAAUCUGACAGCAUCGAUAGACCGAACGAUAUUUUUUUAAGACCUUAUUUACUACAUUCACGAAAAAAAUCGCACCACGGAAAAAAAAAAAAUUGAUGCGUUGACUUGAACAGAAGGAAAACUGUCGCAAAAUUACUGUGAUUAUCUGAAUUCCAUGCCGAUCACAUGCUUACCUUAACAAAUGCCCGGCGUAUGUGCUGCUUUACAUAGAGGAGAUAAGACAUACAAUUUUGAAUUUAAUUUUUUACAUCGUUUUUUUUCGGAUGGUUUUUCCACGUACAAAAUUGCCGCGACUCGUUUUAUGCAGACAUAUGCAAACAAGUAUUUUGUUUCAGAAUUUAUUGUUUGUUUAGGAAUUUUGUUGGAUUUUUGUUUCAAUAAAGAUCUUUUUACUUGCAAAUUUUUACAAAUGUAACAAA